AUGACUGUGGCGCCAGAAACUAUCCGAUCUCCUGAAUUCGUUCCAAGAGCAACCAGACUGGCACAGAGACCAGUUAAGAUAUCUGCGUUAUGCGAAUUAUGCCACUCAAGAAAGGCUGCUGUGAAAAGACCAAAAAACCUACAGAAAUUAUGUCAAUUAUGUUUUUUCAAUGUUUUUGAAACAGAAAUACACCAGACUAUUACCAAUAAUAAUUUGUACCAUCGUGGUGAAAAACUAGCUCUUGGUGCCUCAGGUGGAAAAGAUUCCACUGUUUUAGCCUAUGUCAUGAAAACAUUGAAUGAUCGUUAUGAUUAUGGUCUUGAUUUAGUGUUAUUAAGCAUAGAUGAAGGAAUCGUUGGCUACAGAGAUGACUCUUUAGCCACUGUAAAGAGAAACCAGGUUCAAUAUGGUCUACCUCUAGAAAUUGUCUCCUAUAAAGAUUUGUAUAAUUGGACCAUGGAUGAAAUAGUAACCUGUUGUGGCAUAAGAAACUCCUGCACUUAUUGUGGUGUUCUAAGAAGACAAGCUUUGGAUCGUGGUGCAUUAAAACUAGGUAUAAAUCAUGUUGUGACUGGCCACAACGCUGAUGAUAUGGCUGAAACUGUUCUAAUGAAUAUUUUAAGAGGUGACUUAGCAAGAUUAGAAAAAUCAACUGCUAUUAUAACAGAAUCAGCUGGUUCUCCGGUAAAGAGAUCAAAACCAUUUAAAUUCACUUAUCAAAAGGAGAUUGUGUUGUAUGCUCAUUUCAAAAAAUUGGAUUAUUUUUCAACUGAAUGUACUUAUGCUCCGGAAGCCUUUAGAGGAACCGCCAGAGAAUUAAUGAAACAACUUGAAAAAUCAAGAUCAAGUACUGUUAUCGAUAUCAUAUAUAGUGGAGAAAAUCUCUUGUUGCAGCCCAAAAGAAUUAACAAACAAAAACAAUUUAGAAAGGUAAAGACAAUUGACAAAAAGACUGCAGAAAAUGGUCAAAACAAUAAUAAAAACAGAGAAAUGGAAGUAUUAUCUGAUGGUUCUAUUUCUUUAGGUCACGAUCGAGCAAAGUAUAAAGAUGGUAAUAAAUGUUUAAAAUGCGGCUACUUAUCAUCAAAUAAAAUAUGUAAAGCAUGUGUGCUAUUGCAAACAUUGGAGAAAAUGAAACCAAAAAUAACAAUAGAUAAUAAUAUUUCAACUGAUGGAGCUGCAAAAGUGUUGAGAAGUUUGGAAACGUUGUCAUUUUAA